GGUUUCUAAAUGUGAAAAAAUUAAGUUUACAAAAGUGGAAUUACAUCCCGCAACUACGUCAAGGUAGAAAGUUACUGGUGACGUCAUAGGUCUGUGACGUAACAACAAUAAGAACAGCCGAAGUCACCGUAGUGAAAAAGGUAUUAAAUAGCAAUGGAUAUAUGCUAUUCUCAAACUCAAUCAACAACAUCCUAACUUGUGCUGAGAAAUCAAGUUCGAGACAAGAAAAAAAUCAAAGAACUAUGCGCCACUCCUUCAACCCAAUCACCCAGACUGUGAUCCAACUUCACAGCAACACAUGUUGUCCCACCCUCAACCACUGGUGCAGGAACACCAUCCUACAGUCCGUCACACUCAAGCGUGUCGACCAGAUGCUGACACUACCUGUGCCAAGUAAAAUUGCAAACAACAUCAGCAAGAUCGGACUCAGUGAUUUCCUCAUCGACCCUGCCUCCCUGAACGGUUCCAACCACCUGAACAGGACAUACCCAGCAACCUGUCUGUUUGACAACAGUAAAGUCAUCCUCAAGAUACAGCCAUCCGGAUCUCAGAUCAACACAAGCCAUCCUAGUUUCCUCGCCUCGUUUGAAGAAGGGGAAUACCAGUGUUCCAUCUACCAGAAAACAGAAAAUCUGCAAGACAUCAUUGAAGCCUGCAAGCAGAACGGCACUCGCAUCAGUGACGAAGUUUCAUGGAAGGUUGUGUGUGAAUUCUGUCGCUGGGUCCUCCUUAAUGCUUCCGGUUUUUCUGGCAAGCUAAGUACAGCCGUUAUCAACUUCACAUGUGAUGGCAGGAUCUUCUUUGACUUAACCGAAAGUCAGCCAGAUGAACAGGACAUCACUGCCCUCAACAUGGGCACGCCAUUACCAGUCUAUGAAGCCCCGGAGAUUCUCACGCGGAACAACCCCGACGAACAAGCAUUUGUCUGGUCACUUGGCUGCGUCAUUUAUGAAAUGCUUGCCCUCGAGCCAGCCUACUUUGAUUCAGAUGGCACCAACCCCUUCGCUGUCUACAUGAAGAUCAUCCAGGGGGAACUACCCCCCGACAUUUUGAGAGGGGGACAGGCUCUCAUGGACCUGGUGUGGUUGUGCCUUAUGGUGGAUCCAGCCAGCAGGCCCACAAUCAGGGACAUUCUCAAAAUGGCGGAGUUAAAAGUAGGAUAAUGUUAUCAUUAGCUACUCACUGGUCAAUAUGGAUACUGAACUAUGCUACUCAAACUCGAUUUCUCAUUUGUUAAUGCUAUGUAUGCUGUAGUUUACAUAGAUGUGUUCUGCAUGUUAAAUCAUAUAUGUUUUUGAUAAUUGUUAUUUUUCUGAAAGCUAUUUUUGCAACAUUUACAUUGAAACCAAUUUUAUCAUUAUCGUUCUCUAAGCUAUUUUUGCAAUAUUUACAUUGAAACCAAUUUUAUCCUGAUCAUGCUUUUUUCAAUAUAUAUAUUUUUUUCAUUUUAAGACAUAUUUCUAUAUCAUUAUAUAUAUGUGAUCAGAUUCUUCCUAACUUAAUUGUUAUUCAAAUAUUUACAAGUCAUGUUACACUAUAACAUUUCCUGGGCCCGGGGACAUCUUACUUCGUGCACAACUGUUGCAUCACAUUUACAUUUGUUACAAGAAUAAACUAUUUUUUUUUUACAAAA